GCCCCCCACGCACGGGCCGCAGGAAACAAUAGAGGCCGCGCGCGCGGAGCGGAGCGCUCGUAGCCUCCCCGCCCCUCCUGCAACGCACGACCCCGGGAUCCCCCAACCCCUCCCGGCUCGCCUGCCGCCAUGGCUGACAAGGAAGCGGCCUUUGACGACGCAGUGGAAGAACGGGUGAUCAACGAGGAGUACAAAAUAUGGAAGAAGAACACCCCUUUUCUUUAUGAUUUGGUGAUGACCCAUGCCCUGGAGUGGCCCAGCUUAACUGCCCAGUGGCUUCCAGAUGUGACCAGGCCUGAAGGGAAAGAUUUCAGCAUUCAUCGGCUUGUCCUGGGAACACACACAUCUGAUGAACAAAACCACCUGGUGAUCGCCAGUGUCCAGCUCCCUAAUGAUGAUGCUCAGUUUGAUGCAUCCCAUUAUGACAGUGAAAAAGGAGAAUUUGGAGGUUUUGGUUCUGUCAGUGGGAAAAUUGAAAUAGAAAUCAAGAUCAACCAUGAAGGAGAAGUGAACAGGGCCCGGUACAUGCCUCAGAACCCCUGCAUCAUUGCAACAAAGACUCCAUCCAGUGAUGUUCUUGUUUUUGACUACACAAAGCACCCUUCUAAACCAGACCCUUCUGGAGAAUGCAACCCCGACUUGCGUCUCCGUGGACAUCAGAAGGAAGGUUAUGGGCUUUCUUGGAAUCCAAAUCUCAGUGGGCACUUACUUAGUGCUUCAGAUGACCAUACCAUCUGCCUGUGGGACAUCAGUGCAGUUCCAAAAGAAGGAAAGGUGGUGGAUGCAAAGACCAUCUUCACGGGGCACACAGCAGUAGUGGAGGACGUGUCCUGGCAUCUGCUCCACGAGUCUCUGUUUGGGUCCGUUGCUGAUGACCAGAAGCUUAUGAUUUGGGACACUCGUUCAAACAAUACUUCCAAGCCAAGCCACUCGGUUGAUGCUCACACAGCUGAAGUGAAUUGCUUAUCUUUCAAUCCUUAUAGUGAGUUCAUUCUUGCCACAGGAUCGGCUGACAAGACUGUUGCCUUGUGGGAUCUGAGGAAUCUGAAACUCAAGUUGCACUCCUUUGAAUCCCAUAAGGAUGAAAUAUUCCAAGUUCAGUGGUCGCCUCACAAUGAGACUAUCUUAGCUUCCAGUGGUACUGAUCGGAGGCUGAAUGUCUGGGAUCUAAGUAAAAUUGGAGAAGAGCAGUCCCCAGAAGAUGCAGAGGAUGGCCCACCAGAAUUGUUGUUUAUUCAUGGUGGUCACACUGCCAAGAUAUCUGACUUCUCCUGGAAUCCCAAUGAACCUUGGGUGAUUUGUUCUGUAUCAGAAGACAAUAUCAUGCAAGUGUGGCAGAUGGCGGAGAACAUUUACAAUGAUGAAGAUCCUGAAGGAAGUGUGGAUCCAGAGGGACAAGGAUCCUAGACGUGUCCACACCUGUGAUCCUAGACUCUCCUUGUUUUCCUCUGAACCCCGAGAUGGAUUUAACAUUGGUUUGAGGCACAGACUUUGUUCAGCUACCCAGCUACAAUAUGUGCCACCAACCAUGCUACAAGACCAAACCACCGGUGUUUUCUAAAUCUUAACUGGGGGUUUAAGUCAGCAAAGCCUUGUUGGUGGCUCCAGUUGUGUCUGGGUAGCUGAACAAAGUCUGGUUUUUGUUGUGUGUGGUUUUUCCUUCCUUCCUUUCUUUUUCUUUCUUUCCUUUUUUCUUUCUUUCUUUUUUAAACUUGGGACCACCAAGUUGUAAAGAUGUAUGUUUUUACCUGGCAGUUGUACCACUGGUGAACUGUCAAGUUGAGAAAGAGUGGAUUGCUAGUUUGUGUUUGUUUCUAAGAUUAAAUUAAUCCUUGAUAAAAGUUGCUUUUUUAGGGGUUAGUCUUUGACCACUAUAGUUUGAUGCCAUCUCCAUUUUGGUUGACCUGUCUCACCAUCAGGCCUGUUACUCUCCAUGACUAACUGUGUAAGUGCUUAUAAUGGAAUAAAUUGCUUUUCUAUAUAGCCCCA